AUGCGGUGUUGUCGUAGCUGGACCGAUGCGCGCUUCCCCCAUUCCAACCACCGCCAUGUGUCUUGCAGGAAGUGGCGGGCUGGCGGCGGCUGCGAUCGUUUUCGUGAGCGCUUCUCGUCGCACCUCCACGUGGACCUGCUGCAAGACGACGACCCCGCCUCCUGGCCUCCCAACCCCUCGCUCCAGCCGCUGUCGCUACCCGAGUGUCCGCGGAUACAGCAGCGGCAUGUGAGCGUGCGCGUGCAGCCGCCGUUCGUGUGGUUCGGGCAGCGCUUUGGCAACCGCCUGGGGCUGGAGGGCACUCACACAUGCGCGCACUGCGGCCUCACCUGCACGUUCUCCUGGGAGGCGCAGGUGGUGCCUCGCCCCGACGUGCUGCUCUUUGUGCGCCAGUACGGGCCCCUUAAGGAGGCCGAGCAACAAGAAAUGGAUGCGCUCACCACACGGCCUCCCCACGAGCGGCCGCUACUGGCCCUGCUGGACCCUGAGGCAGCACCCGAGGGCGCCACAGUGCCCGGGCGGCAGAUCUUCUCCCCGUGGGUGCCCAUGGAGCAGCAGGCGCGGUGGGACGUGGUGGUGGGGUACCACCGCGACAGCGACGUGCAGAUCACCUACGUGGGCAUGAAUGAUGAUGAGGCCCGCAAGGACCUCGUCUCCAACAUCAAACUCGCUGGUGUGCCGCUGUACCGUGCGGGGUCGCACUGCUCGGUGAGGUGGAGGGAGGCCAUGGUGAAGGACAUUCUGCGGGUGGUGCGCCACCACUCGUUCGGCCGCUGCCAGUUCAACAUGCACCGCAUCUCCGAGCUCAUCGCCCACCCCACCUGCCGCACGCCUCUGGACAAGUGGACAGCGCGCACGCACUGUGUGGAGUCGAGGUACAAGUUUGCCAUCGCCGUGGAGAACAGCGAGCGGGAGAGCUACGCCACUGAGAAGCUCUUCAUCCCCUUCGAUGCCCGCACAGUACCGGUGUACUACGGAGCGCCAGACGUGGCACACGUGGCAGCACCGGGGUCGUUCAUAGACAUGCGCGCCUUCCCCAACAAGACGGACGUGGGGGUGCUCAUCAACCAGCUCCAUGCAAACGCCAAGUUCCCUUCCCCCACUCACACACCUCUUCCCUCUCGCCAUGUCGGCCCCAUCCUCCUGCCCCCUCUCUCGCAGCGCAAUACCUGGACUACCACGCGUGGCGCAUCUGCAACAGCAGUGGCAACCUCAAGCACGCCGCUGCCCUCUCCAUCCUCACCCUGCCCUGCCGCCUCUGCCUCAAGGCCGCUCUGCUGCUCGCUGACAGACAGGAAGCAGCAGCUCCAGGGGAAUCUUCGGCCCCGUCUGCAUCCCCCCCCUCUCCCGCCGCACCUCCCCCUGCUCAAUCUCCUCCUCUAUCCCCUGCGUCUGAUGCUUCUGCUCCUGUGCCUGCUCCUCCUCCCCUAUAACCCCCUCCCAUUCCUCCUCCCACCUCCCCUCGACCGCAACCGCUGGCAGCAUCCCCGCCCACCACGGCACCACCUCCCCAUGCACCGCCUCUCCCCACCCUCCCCCCACCGGUCACAUAAACGACUGCGACUUCUCCUGGCCCCGCCUCCACCGUAUCGAUUGCAGCUUCCUCCAGCUGCUGUGGCUAGCAAUCUCGCCGCCAUGGAGGCCAUGCCAGCCGACGACGCUGCUCCUGAGACUGGCCCUGACGAGCCACCUUUACCGGCGAAACCCACCGCGCCGUCCGAGCCGGAGAAAUCAUCCGACCGUCCACGUUCUGGGCUCGAUUUUCUUAGAGCUACGGCUGCUCCCGUCGCACCAGAACCGCCUAGGUCCAUCGUUCAUGACUCCGCCGCGAUAGUAACCCCUGCUCCUUCCGAUUCUCCUUGUCCUGUCGCGUUCACUCCCAAGCGUGCGCGAUCUGGGAAGUUUUCGCAGAGUACUUUGGUGGUGGGAGGCCGUCGUAUUCCACCGCCUGAAAAGCCGGCUGAGCCUCCACAGAACGAAGCUGAGCUGCCGGAGGAAGGUGACAUCCCGGUGCGGGCGGAUACCGGGUCGCCCGCACUCACCAAGGCGCAGUUGCGCGAGCAGAUGUACCUGGAGGCGAGUAUAAACUACGAGACGAAGUGGGCGGGAUACUUCUCAUGGCUGGUGUUUGGGAAAACCAAGGACGGCUUUCCCUACGUGAAGUGCAGCAUCUGCAUGUCGUACGGGAAGGGAAACACGAGGUACGCCAUGCAAGGUGACGAUGGAGGCCAUGACUUGCAGACGCAGUCGUUCCGCGCGCACGAGCAUACGGACGCGCACAAGGCGGCGGUGGACCGGCAGAUGAAGAUUGCGGCGGGAAUCCACGAGGGGCAGCAGGUGAUUUCGGACUUCAUCAACUCCGACAUCGAGGGCCGCCGCGCGAUUCGACUGAUGCGGUCGACUCAAUUCCUGUGCCAGUGCGACGCGCCGAUUAGCAUGUUUCCAAGGCUGAUGCGGCAUCUUGCGGAGCAGGACACUCCAGACAUUCCCCGGCAGUCUGAGGCGUUGGCAGUGAAGGACGCCGCGGACUCAAACCCGGAUCUCGGCAUGGUCGACAAGGUGGUGCGCACAGUCGCGACGCUGCUCGGUAACUCCAGCGUGUGGAGUCAGCGGUUCAAGUACCUGCAGCGUGUGAUUUACAAGACCAACCUGGAAGUCCAAGGGAUUCACACGGUGCGGUGGUUAUCUCGAGGAGAUGCGGUGGGCAGGCUUUGCAAGGUCCUCGGGGCUUGCAUAGUGCUGCUCUGGGAGCACAAUCACAAGGCGUACGAGAUUGUGACCUGCUACAAGUUUCAGUUCUGCUUGUUUUUCUUGGCCGACAUCUUGGCGGACAUGAACGACCUCAACCGCUGCUUCCAGAGAAGAGAGCUGGACGUGACUGAGAUUGCAAAGACGAUCGAGUCCACCACGGGUGACCUCACGGAGCGCUACUUGACGCCAGAGAAAGCUUUCGGGGGCGAAGGGAAGAGCUGGCUGGUGAACUUCCUCAAAGUCCACAAGGAGGGUGGAGGCAAGCAGGUCCGAGUGCGAGGCGUGGACGGUGCUGGUCGCCCGAUCAACCACCUGUACACCAUGCAUGAGCGGAAACUGAAGGGGCACAAACACGGAAGCACCUACGCAGACUGCGUGAAGCUGUGCCGCAAAUUCGCCCGUGACUGCGUGGACAACCUCAACGACCGGCUGGAUGACCUUGGGAAGCUGGAGCUGUUCCGGGCAGGGAAGUGGCCGAAGAUCAAAGCCCAGCGAGAGAAGAAGUGUAAGGAGUGGUUGAACGGAUGCAGCAGGCUGUUCCGCAACAAACUGCCCGGAUUCGACCUCAAAGCAGCAGAGAGGGAGCUUCCAACCUUCUGCGCGAUCAUGGAGACACACUAUGAGAUGGAGAGCUUCAUCCAGGGCCUGUCCAACUUCCUUGGGAGCGCAGACUCUAAGAGGUCCCUGCGGAGGAGGCGCCCUGCGAAGAGCUUGAAGCUGGCUGUGGCGGAGAGGGGGAGGAAGGUGAAGCAGAAGGAGGGUGAAGAUGUGGCUGCUGGAAAUGCCGGGGAGAACGAGGAUGAGGGGGAGGAGGAGGAGGACGACGAAGUGGAACAGGCCUUCGGCGACGAUCAGGAGAUCGUGGGGGAGGAGGAGGAAGCGGAGGAUAAUCCAUUCCUGUCGGACGAUGAGGACGUGGAGGAGGUGUACUUCAGAGACAGGACCGUACACUAG